UUCUUAAAAAUCUUAGAACAUUCACUGUACUCCCUAGGAUAGGUCUGUGUCUAGCCUCGUGCAAAGGGAUUGGUAUUUCUUUUAUUGCCAAUGAGGUGACAUGACUAGGACUAGCUGGCUAGAGUAAAAUGAUUUGAUAAAUAGAGAAAGAUAGGCACAAUUUCCUUCACCGCUAAACUUCUGCUUGAUUUGAGCAAUGGCACCAGAACCCGCAGGCAGGGACGAGACUCGCUGGAAAAGUAAGGAUCAGCUGGACUGGAGCACAUGCUGGAGGAACAGUCUGAAAGAGAUUGCAGGCCUCCUGCCCAUAUCUGAGCCUAGGAAUGGCCUCACCAAGAAGGAGACUCUGGUCCACAUGCUGCGCUAUUUUGACUUUCUUCAGAGUAGGAUGAGGACCCCGCAGUGCCGCUUGCCUCCCCAAUGCAUCCCCAAGCAGGAACCCGACACAGGUUUUGAGAGUGAAGAGAACACCCCCUUUGAGCCCUGUACUCCCCCUCACAAUCCAAAGGCCAAAUGCAAGUAUGUCUGCAGUCGUUCCUGCAAGAGACCUGCCCCCACCUCAGAAUUUAAGGCAGAGCUUCAGAUGAAAAGAAGGAGAUUGUACAAAGCUGUAGCUAAUGGAAAAUUAGUUGACCCAGAGGAGAAGGGUGUGUCUGUCCCCAUGUGGGGAGUGCAUUCUGAUUGGUCAGAGCUCCAGUCUAGUGAUAGCCAUGGGGCGUGGCCUGUGUAUGACAGCGACUCCCAGCCGAGUUCCCUGGAUUCAGGCUUCAGUCUCAAUCAGCUGCUUCCCUUGAGCACGCUUCUGGAGGGGAGCAGUGGGACUCUGUGGACUCCAUCUCCAACACAGGUAGGCCACUGCUCUAUCUGUGAGGACCGCACCGGCAGUGAGAGCAGCCCAGGGAGUGGAGUCCUCGACUCUCCUACUGGGUCAGGAUCACUUUUCCUGGAGGACCGCAUGCUUGGUGUCAUCCCACCCAUGGGAAAGAAAAGGAAGCCCUUCCUAAGCCCUGCUGCUACACCCCAAUGCCCCAUCCUGCUGCCUCUGUUUAGGAUGGGAGACAGUCUGAACCUCAGCCCCUCCCUCCUCACGUCCCCUGCCCGGGGCCUCAGCCACUGCCUGCUGCCUGAGGGAAAGGAGGAGCUCCAUGUGCUAUUCGAAGAUGUUUGGGUCACCCCUAAAACAACCCACACGAAAGUGUCCCGCUUGCCCCACCAUGACCCCACUGACUUGCUGUCGGAAGGUGAAGCUGUGGUGAGGCAUGAAGGAGGGUGGCAGUCCUCCCCGGGGGAGGAGGGGGACAUCACCUGGACCCCCAAGCAACAACUAGUCCCUCUGAAGUCGAAGACCAGCAGCACAGCACACCGGCGCAGUCGCAAUGCCUCCACCAGGGUUCACCCUCAAGUCCCUCCACCCCUAAAGAAGAAGAGUGUCAAUGGCUUUAUCAUGUUCUGCCGCAUCAACAGGAAGACCUACCUCUGCACUCACCCUGGCACUCCGUCUACUGUGGUCACCAAGGAGCUGGGCAGCCUGUGGCACGUCAUGCCCAAGCAGGAGAGGCGUGUCUACUGUCUGAAGGCUCGUCGCUUCAGCCGCCAGCAGAACCGUAACGUGAGGAGUGAGCUGGUGGAGGGAGACCGGGAGGAAGAGGACUGUGUACCCACCCCCUCCACAUGCUGCUGGCCCAGAGAGACCUGUGUGCUGCAGCCAGAGGAGGCUCCUGGAGAAGCUACCUCCUGACACUAACCCUUCACUGACCAUAUGCAUCUAGCAUUGGAUGUCCAUAUUUAUAUCUGUGUCCAUAUUCAAAUAAACAGUGUUUAUUUAAGUCUUACUGUAUGAGUUA